AUGGAUGAACUAGACAAGCUCAUAACAUAUGAAUAUAUUAGGGAAUAUUUAUUCAAAAAUAACAAAUAUGAUAUACCAUUAGGAGAGUAUCAUAAAAUUUUAAAAUGUAGAGAAGGGAAAGAGGGACAUAACAAAAAGUAUAGUUCUUUUGAUUUGAAUGUUUUAACAUUGUAUGAUGAAUUGAUUGACGUGUUUCGAUAUAAUAAUUAUUUUAUAAAAAAAUGUGAAUUUACAUUUUUAAAAAUAAGUAGAAAUACAUAUCAAGGACGCUCUCAUAUAUCUUUUGAGAAAAGCGGAUCAGAAAUAAAAACGAGUAAAGGAAACAAAAAAUGUGAAAAUAAUGGAUCAGAGAUAUCAACAAAUAUUCCCUUACGAAACAAGAAUAAUAAUAAUAAUGAAAAAUGUAAAGAAAAUUAUGAUUCUAAACAAAAAGAAAUAAGUUAUAAUUGCAUAGUAGAUGGUAAUAAAGUUUCGAACAUUAAAGAUGUAUUAAAAGAUACAUUUGAUGCUUUAAUAUUCUAUAUGAUAGAUAAAUAUAAUAUAAAAUUGAGAAUGAACCAUUCAUAUAAAAUUCAGGAAAUAUCUAACUAUUCGAUAACAAAUGAAGAAGUUUUUAAAUUUUUGAAAAAUGAUAAUUAUUAUAGAAUAGAUUUAAAUAAAUUACAAUAUGACAUUAAUGAUUAUUCACAUUUAUUUUAUAAAAACAUUACACAGUUUAUCGAUUUUUUCAAAUAUAUGAAAGACAUACAUUCAUGUGCAUAUUUAAUAUCUUUAUUAAUAAGAAUAAUAGCAGAUAAAAAUAAAAUUCAAAAAUAUAGUUCUCAAUUAUUUUUUUGUAAAAGAAAUGAUGAAUGUAUAUCUAACCUUUAUAUAAAUUAUGUUAAACAACAUCAAGACAACUUUCAAAAAAUAUUUUUUAAUAGUAAAUUAGUAAACAUAAAUAACAUUAUUGCAUCUAAAAUUUCUCUAAUAGAAGAAGUUAAAAAAAAAAUAAUACAUCGAAAAGAUUUAAUAUAUCCAGAUGAACUUGUAAUAUGUUCUUUUGUUAAAUCUUUUUACAAUUUCAAACCCCUGAAUAACGAAAAUGAAAAUAAUAAAAAAGAAUUAAAUUUUCAAAAAAACAAAAUAUUGUCUAAUAAUCCAACUAGUAAUAAUAAUGCGUUUUUAACACCUUAUAAUCAAGAUCUUCAAAAUAAAAAAACAAAAAAAAUAUUUUCAAAUGAAAUGAAAUUCAAAGGGGAAUCAAUAAUUGUAAAGGAUAGUGAUGAUAAUCUUAAUGAACCCAAUAAACAAAUCAUACAAAUAAAUAUAGAAAAUGAUAUAAUUAACAAAGAUAAUUUAGAAAGUACAGUUUCUAGUUCAAUUAAUAAUAUAAACAGUAUCACAGAUAUAAAUAAUAGUGAAUAUACAUCAAAUGAAUUGAAAAAAAAAAAAAAAAAAAAUAAUUCUACAAUUAUAGAUACUAUCGAAAAUAUAUCCCCACAAGAAACUCCAAAUAUCACAAAUAAUACUAAUGAUAAUUUGAUUACAAAUAAUUCAAAAAAUAAAAAUAAUAAUGAAGUCCUCAAAACAAACAUUGAAGAAGAUAAAAAAAGUGAAUCAACAACAAAAAGUGAUAAAAACAAAUUAUCAUGUUAUGAAAUUUUAAAAAAAAGAAGUUUUAUUAGAUGUUCUACUAGGUUGUCUUCUAAAAAUAUGUCUAAAGACGUUAUCAAGGAUUUAUCGAUUAUACAAAACAAAAAUAAUAAUAAUUCUAACAAUAUUAAUGCUAAUAUUAAUCGGCAUAAAAAUAAUAAUCGAUUCAACAAUUAUAACAAUAAUGGUGGAAAUAAACGGAAUGAUAAUAAACAGACAAACAAAAUUUCAAAUAAUAAGAAUGAUAAUAAACAUAAUAAUAGUAAUAAAGAGGAAUUAAAGGAUAGUGAAAAAAAGAAAAAUACAAACAAUAAGGUUUGUGCAGAAAAUGAAAAAAAACAGAUUUCAAAUGAGAUAGAAACAAAUAUAAACCCACAAAAAAAUAAUGAACAAGUGAAUACCGAAAAAACUAAACACAUAGACAAUGGUGAAAAAUCAAACAUUGAAAAAGAACAAAGUGAAGCAAAUUCAAAAAAAAAGGAGAAAAAUACAGAUAAAAAAAAAAAUGAUAAUGAACAAAAUAGUGGAAACAGUGAUGAUGAAAAAGAUGAUAAUAUAAUGAAAACUAGUACUGAAGAAAAAAAUGUGAAUAGUAAUAUAAGUAAAAAAACAAGAAUUGAUUUAACUUAUAAUAAUGAUAAAAAAAAAACAAAUGAUUAUCAAAUUAAUUAUAAAAAAGAUGAUAAAUAUUUAUCAUUUAAUAAAAGAAGUAUCAUAGAUUCAUAUGAAGAAACUGAUGAAUCCGAAGAUACAUAUGACACAGACGAUUUGUGCGAUUCUAAAAAUUCUGAAAGUGAUGAAGAAACAAGUGAAGAAAACAUAUGGAAAGAAAAAAAAAAUGGUGAUACUAUUGAACAAGAUUAUAUAUUUAACAAAAAAGAAAAAACAUAUAAUAAAAAAGUAAUAAAAAAUAAAAAAAUAAAACGUGACAAAUAUUGUGAAAAUGAAUUUUCAACAGAUGAUUUCAUUGUUUAUAACAAUUGGGAUAAUAGAAAUGAGCAUAAUAAUGUAAGUAAUAAAAAAAAUCAAAAAUAUAUUUUUUCAAAAAAUUUAUACACUAAAAUCAUAGAUAAUCAUUAUGACAAAUAUAGAAAACAAAAAUAUAUAUAUGAUAAAUAUAUGAGAAAUUCUAAUUAUAAAGAAAGAAUAUCAGAUAUAAUAAAUAUAACCAAUAUCCCAUUUUGGGAUAAAAUAACAAAUUUUUCAAAUUCAAAUGAAUUUACAAACAUAUCAGAUUUUCAUUAUAUGAUCAAUAUGCAUAAUAUUAAUAACAGAUGUAAAUGCAACAAUAUAAUAAAUGAUCACAUGUGUCUAAAUUCUGGAAAUUAUUUUAAUGAUACUUGUAUUUUUAAUAAAGAUAAAAUAGGAUUGAAAAAAAGGAAACUUUUUGAAAAUAAUCAGCAUGAAUAUAACUUGAAUAAAUCAAACAGCCAUUUACGAUCCAGCUCUUUUAUUUAUAAUAAUAAAUACACACCUAAAAUUUAUACUAAUAAUGAAUUAUCCCCAAAUAACAAAUAUAUAAAUUAUAAUGAUGAUGAUUCAGUAUAUAUCAAACAUAUAAAAAGACAUAUGAAUAAUAUUGGAAAAAAUAAAAAUAUAUAUAGAAAAACAAAUAGUGAUAUAGACGAAAAUAUUAGUAAAAUAAAAAAUAAAUAUACUAAGAGUAAUAGUAGCAUGGAUUAUGAAAUAAAUACAAAAUAUAAAAAGAGUUGCAAAAGAAUUAAUAGUAAUUUUAGUGAUAAUAACUGGAUCAACAAAGAAAAUUACAGAAAUAGCAAUAAAUCAAAUAUUGAAAUGAUGGGAAAAAAUAAAAAAGAUGAAUAUUUUAUCAAUAAUAAUGAGAAAUACAGCGAAGAAUAUGAAGGAAGAAAAAAAAUAAAAAGACGCAAAAUAAUCGAUAAAAAUGAUUCACAUUUUGAUAAAAAUAAUGUCAAAAAUAAGCAAUAUUAUUGCCAGGAUGAUAAAGAAUAUGAAAUGAACAAAAAAGAUUCACAAUCAAACCAUAUAUUAACAUCUAUAUGCAAUAAAGUUCCUAUGAAAAAUGAAUUUUAUUCAGAAGAGGAAAAACAAGAAUUUGAUAAUAUUAAUAUUAUUCAAAGAAUAAAUAAAGAUUUUUGUUACCUAAAUAAUAAUGAUAAAAUAAAUGUAAUUAAAAUAUUAUGUAAUUAUAGAGCAUAUUUGAAAAAAAUACUAAACUAUGAAUAUAUGAAACAAGAUUUUUCCUUUGAAAUUGAAACUUGUAUAUUCUAUUUAGAUUAUAUUAAUUAUAAUACAAAAAAUCGAAAUAACAAGAAAGAUGAAAUUUCUGAUAAAAUGAAUAAUCAUUAUGAUAACAAUUAUAGUAGCACAAGUAGUAAUGUAGAUGAAAAUAAUAGAAAUACAAACAAUGUAAUCAGGAAUAAUAAUGUUUAUUAUGAUAUAGAUAGACUGAACAAAAGCAUUUACCAAAAUAAACCAUACAAUAGUGAUAAAAUUAACGAUAAUAAUUUCUUGAAAAAUAAAACCAACAAAAAAGGGGAAGAACUAUUAUGCAAUUCUUUCAUCUUUUUGGAAAAUGAUAAAAAGAAAAAAUUAAUAAAAAAAAUAGCAUUAUAUACUAAUAAAAUAAAAGCAUUACACCAAAUCAUUGCAUCAUAUACUAAAAUAAAUUUAUUAAAUAUUGGAAAAAUAAAAAAUUAUAUACAGAUAGCCAAUUAUGUUAAAAAAUAUCCAUAUUAUUUUUAUUAUAAUGAUCAAAUAUCUGAUGAAGAAGAAUCAAAUGAACAAGUCUUAUCAUAUUUAGGAGAAAUGUAUAAUGAAGUACAAAACGUGGAAAUAGAACAAAAUAAAUAUCCACAAAACAAUGAGAAAAAGCCAUUUUAUUUAUUCAAAUAG